AUGCCAAGCUUUAAUAACAACAGGUCGGGGGAGAGCGACUUUACAGAGUUCCUAAACGUCGAUGGAUAUCAGCCCUGGUCGAACCAAGAAGCUCCCGAUGGCGCCCUUGCUGGGACCGAUUUCAACAUGAACCAGGCGUGCAUCUUCGAUUCCGACGACAUGAGUCCCGCUGCCAGUCUUUACGGCGCAUCACAGUUCACGGAAGCCUCACACUUUACGGCCGAAAACACCCCGUUCGAUCUCGACCAGCAACUAGAGGAAAAUUAUCAAGAGGGCUACCGAUCACCGCAGAUGCAGUUCGCUUCGCCAGAUGUUCAGACGAGUCCAGAUCUCACUAUUGACCCUUCCGAUAUUAAGCCGACCGAAGUUACACCAGCACAUACCAACGAAUUCAUGGCCAGUCCGUACGACAACAGUCCCAGCCCAGUUGCUUCAAUGCGAGAUGCAUUAUCGCCACAAAACUCGCGCAAUCCACAGCCUUUGAUGCAAUACGUAGCGCCUGAACAGGCUCAGAGGCAUUACUCCAUGGUUCAGCCCGAUGCUAUGGUAACGGACGAACCUCAAGAACAAGCCUCGGGGUUAAACAUGGCGACUGCACAACACAUGUCGCAGGUUAUUCCGGGGCAGGUUGCUAACCUACCGAUGCAUGGCAUACCCCAGUUCAUGGUACCGGGCUCGCACUGGCCGGCAUUUACCUAUAGUAUUCCGCAUAUGCCGCCCGAUGGUCGUGGCAUCUCCUUCAUGCCGCACGGGAUGCCCAUGAAUAUUCCUCAGAUGCCUAGCGGCUUUGGCGGUCCUCCCUAUCAUCUGGAUGUCUUACUGAUGGACAGGAUGCGGAAGAAAGACGGGGCUGCAAACGCCAACGGAGAGGUCGAAAUCCCCAAAAUGAGAGUUGAGACGCAAGCAAAGUACAGACUCGCUCUCUUUCCUCUUCCUCACGGAGUUAAGAAGCUUCAUCUUCCAACGCAAUAUAUCAGCAAGGUCAAGCAGAUGGCUCGACCUCUCCCACCACCAUCGCCUGAGAGACUGGAGUUGCACGCCGUCGUUGUUUGCACGAGCGCGAUGGAGAAUCCCGAUCUGAAGAAGAAGGCUCUAAUGCGUGCCCGCUUGGGUGCGCGACGUCAAGUCAAGGGGGAACUGAGGCCGGAUACCGAAGAUGAGCUGCCGGGUCAUGAUGGUGGCGAAAUUCGAAUUUGUCAAAAGUGUAUCAGGCGUGAAUCGAAGCGAGCUGGGCGGAAGAAGGUAAAAAAUGUGGAGGAAGAUGAAUAUUGGCGAUCCUUCGAAUCGGACAGGAUCAUCGUGUUCAACGCUGCCGAGAUUCAGGAAUGGCAUGAGCCAAAGCCUGAAGAAGUCAACGCCUACCACGUGGAAUUCUAUAUCAGAAUAGCGUGUUAUGGCCGGCAUCACAACGACAAGAAGAAGGGUUUCCAGGUCAUUUUCACCAUUGUCGACCAUGAGGGUAACUACAUUUCCCAACAGCUUUCGUCCCCGAUAGUCAUUACCGAUGAUCACAAGACGCGGGACUCUCCACAAGUGGACGACGAGUUUCUUCCGGAUCAACCGCAGAAUGGCACUGUCAACCCUCCUGCGUCAAACGGACGACCCACCCCUCCUCCUUCUCACGAUAUUCAACCACUCAAGCGCAAACAGCCUACUGCUGUGCCUCCGGUUGCCGUUACUACGCCUAACCAAGAGAUCUCUCAGCCCCCAUCACCAAUCAGACCGAUCACCACUUCGAGCAAAAAGAGAAGAGUCGGCAAUCUUACCAUGACACCAGUGGAACUGAUCGCCCCAAUGCCCCCACAGCAAGUGUCCAACGCGGCGGCGGCGGCGGCGGCUAAACCAGCAUCAUCAGCCUCGGCAGCCUUUGUCCCGCCAGUUCAGAGGCACUUUUCCCGGCCUUCGGACGCUAGCCAACAACAGUUCAACCCACCGCCCCUCGCUACUGGCGCAGCUACGAUGUCGUACACCGGCGGAUCGCCGCCCUCAACUGAUAAUAACGAUCAGGCAAUGUUCACCUUGCCUGGCAACCAAGGUCUCAGCUUUUUCGCCAAUCCCACAACAGGAAACCCGAGUCGCGCUCAGAGCCCAAGCCAUUGGCAGAACACCAAUGGUGGUAAUUUGCUGAGCCCACUCAUGCGGUCAGCAGUGGGCAGCCCAUUCGCGACGGCACCGGCACCAGCUCCCGCACCAGUUGCUAAUCCAAUGCCUGCUGCGGAGGCUCCAGUUCCUGUCAAGCUAUUUAAGGUAAUCCCGCAUCAAGGAUCAGUGGAUGGCGGUUUUGAAGUUACAGUGCUGGGUGGCGGCUUUUCCCAAGGCAUUGUUGUUAUGUUUGGCGGACGACAGGCCACGACAACGACGUACUGGGGAGCGGAAUCCUUGGUGUGUCUGGUACCCCCUAGCGACACACCUGGUAAGGUUCAGGUUACCUUCAAGAAUCACCAGGUACGCGGACAACCGGUGUACUUCGAAUAUAUCGAUACGAGAUCCGACGAACUGGCCAAGUCGGCGCUUGCCUGCUUGGCCCAGAAGAUGGGCAAAGAUGUUAAUUCGUUCGCUAACGAUCUCAUUCAAAAUUUCAACAACGAGAGUUCUGGUUCUUCCACCGGCGCUCCUACAUACAACCACGGACACUUCGAGAACUACCUUCUCAACGUCAUUGAGGCGAUUGAUCUGGACGAUACUCCGAACAGCAAACCGAAAUGGAAUCUUGCUAGCGGUGCCACGAGAAAGACCAUGUUACAUUUGGCUUGCUCUCUUGGCCUUCGCCGGUUCACCGCAGGCCUCUUGGCUAGGGGCGCGAACCCCGAUAGCCGGGACAACGGCGGUUAUACUCCUCUCCACAUGGCUGCUCUUAAUGGACAUGCUGAGAUUGUACGACUUUUGGUUGCUCAUGGUGCUGACCACACGCUCCGCACGUUAUCUGGCUUCACGGCUGCAGACGUGGCCAAGACGCCAGAGGUUGCCCAGCGUCUUGCCACUAACCGACUACACAGCAGGUCCCGUAGUCUCGGAUCAUUGCCUAGCCGGGCUACCAGUACCAGCAGCUUCACGUCACUCCAGCAGACGGCGGCAGCCAUGUCGACUUUGACCCUCGAGAGGCCGGUCAGCGAGUCUACAGAGCCGGAAGAUUCUUCGGAGUUUACAUCAGAUAUGGAAGACUCAUCAGAGGACAGCGAGUCGACCGAUGGUGACGAUGAACCCGUUCUCGAAAUGCGCCGUAGCAGUAUCGCAUCGCCACCAAGAACCGAUGAGAAUGUUGCUGAGCCGCAACGACCAUUUGCUGAUGGGCUUGGUCCUGCUGCUGCUGUCAACGCCAUCAUGGCUCAAAUACAACAGUUGCAACACACCGCAAUGCUUCACCUCCAGAACUUCCCUCAGAACUUCCCUCAGCUACCGUUCAUGCUGCCUCCUGUAGUACACUACAUGCCAGCGUUGCCUGGUUACCAGACAGCCCAACGUCUUGCGGCCACUGUCGUCCCAGGAAUUACCGCACCAAGGCCAGAACCAAACACCACGCAAGCGACGCCCCCGCCGCCUGCCUCAAAAGAAUCUGCAGGCUGGUUCAACAGUCUAAUGAGCAAUAACAAUAGCUCGGUUCCUCCGCCCUCUUAUGAUGAGAGCUGUGGCAAGGGUCAGAGCGGGUCCCCAGAUGAGAAGCAGGCGUCAAUUGCGAUGGCCGCGGCCGAAGCUGCAGCAGAUGAGAAAUGUGCUUCCCUGUUCGAUCAAGCCGGCAGCAGCAGCAUGACAGUAGAGACAACGACGACCACGGCAGUCGGGGUGGAGGUCAGCGUGGAGACGGAGAUUAAUGAGGAGGUGAUAAAGACGUCGCCCGAGCUGCCCGUCAUGCUUGAAAUUGGUCGCAAGAACGCCAUCACCAAGGAGCAGCAGGAGAACCUACGCCGGGCGCAUUCCGUGAAGAAGAAGGAGCUGAGUAGGGAUAGGAACCUCUAUCUCAUCUGGAUCCCUCUUCUUCUCGUCACACUCUUCGCCACGAUCUUCAACGAACACCAUUCUAUCUGGAACUUUUUGCAGAUGGCUCUGGAGUACGUGUUUGGUGGUACACAGCGGCUGGAGAAUCAGUUGAUCACACAGCCACAGCCAUUUCCCGAGCUAGUACAGGAGCCAAUGGGGGUAUAG